AUGCUCUCCAACACCGUCGCCCUUAUUACCGCCGCCACUGCUGCGUUGGCUGCUCCCGUCGCCAACCAGGAGCGAACUGAACACCCUACCUACUCUCUCCACGCCAUCUUGCCCGGCCAGGGAGCUUCUGGCAUGAAGCCUCUCCAAGUCCGUGGUAACGAUGUGGUCUACGGACUGGAGCAGGGCUACUCCUACUUCAAGGUAGAGGAUGUUGGAAACGCCCUGGCCAACGUCAUUUCUGAGGGACUGGGACCUCGACAACUCUUUGCCAACGUGGAGACAGGAAAGCUGGACGUGAAAGACGGCCCUGCCCCUCCUCUUGAGGGCAACAGCGGAGGCUGGGCUUACAACGGAGAUCAGACUGUCAAGGAGCUUUCUUCGUACGGAACCAACCAGUUUUACUCCUGCGACUCCAAGACAGACCCUCUUCACGGAGGACAGGUGGUCUACGUCUUCAACGGAGGCUAUGCCUGUCCGGAUCCUAUCAAGUUCACCAUUGCGGCGACCCUGCAGUAA